AUGCAACUGCCCGAAACGCCGCCACCGCCGCUCGCUCCUCUAUGGGAUCGGGUGCUCCGGGCCCGGGCGCUCCCGCCGGACAUCGACGUCCAACUCCUCUACGUAGCUAUCAAGGACCGCCUCACGCAUCCCGAGUGGGAGGUCCGCUUGCACGCCCUCCGCGUCCUGGCCGAUCUGUUGCCGCUCUCCGGUAAUGCACUCUCGUUCCCCUUCGACCAGGUCGUCGACAACCUCGGACACAACUCGCCGAACGUGAGAAAGGCCGCGCUGGACGCCCUCAAAGUGUUCUGUUCGUAUUGCGAGGACCCCGAGUGUGCCUCCCGAGCUAUACUAGAUAAAUUCUCCUACAGUAACAUAAGACCGUUCUCGUCGGAUAUGGAUACCAAAAUAAACGUCGUCACUGGACUCAUUUUAUCGAUUCCCUCUGUGAUAGGUAUACUGAAGCGGAGAAAUCAAAGUUUGGAUGUGUUUCCUAUAUUUCAUAUUUUAGGGGAGAAACUUUUUGAUAACGUGCACAAGGAUGUCGCGCUGCGCUCGCUGCUGAAACUUCGGAGGGUUUGUGGCCCUCAUUUGUUUACUGCGCUCUUUUCGAAGUUGAAUUUAAAAACGCAGGACAAGUUUCGGUAUUUAUGUGAAGUUUACGACGAGGAUUCCCUCGAUGUUUACUACGCACCGAGAAAAACUCACAAUCAACCUGUUGUUCAACUAAAUCGGACUUACAACGGUACGUUGUCCCAGCCAAUAAAUAUUUCUACGGAUUCCUCGUCGGAGGAGUCCAUCGUUAUGCCUUAUUACAAGAAUAAUAAUAACAAUAAUUACGGUAAGGUUAUAAUUGAAACUGAAAUAAAAUUUGAUUCGGAUACCGCAAUAACUAUGACAGUUCUAGAACAGAACGAUACCGAAUCAGAUAAAUAUUAUACAGGCAGCGAGGAAGACUUCGAUCACGGAGAGAGAGACAUGUUAAGAUAUAGCGAAGGAGACUCAGACGAAGACUCGGACGUUGUCGUGAAGAAAGUUCGAUUUGGUGGUGAGAGUGUAAAAAUUAGGACUCCCGAUAGUGAAAAUUUGCUAACUAGUGAGGAUGACGGAAAUCAAAAUAAACCGCUAGCGUUGCUAGACAAAUCGGCGCAAGUAGAUAAUACUCAAGAAAAUUCCACAGUUAGUACUAAACAAGUAAAAGCAAUUGAACCAAAACAAGAACCUAACAAACAAAUUGCAAAAGAACUUCGGACAGCUAAAAAAAGUGGCAUACCUUUACCAGUGAUAAAUAAUAAAGUCAAAGAAACUACAAGUACAGUGACAAAGUUUAAUCAGUUUAAGUUUAAAUCGAAAUCUUUAAGUGAACUUUACGACUUUUUUAAUAAGAAAAACAAUAACUUUGAUAGUAAACAUAUAAAAUCAGACUUUGCUUUAACUUUAACUGAAGUGAGGACCCCGGACAAAGUACCGAGUCCUGUGGAGCCUCAUAGAGAAGUUGAGGUGUUGCACAAUCUACAGAGAAGUCCAACGCUGUCUCCGCGAAGACAGCAUACUAUAGUUAGCGUGGAGCGAGAUGGGUUCCUGGUGAAUCUGGUAUCAUCGCACACAAACGACUUGGUGUCGCCGCGUCCGCCUGUUCCCCUGAGAGAGCGUUACGACUGGGAGAUGCUGGGCCUGGUACCCGCACACACUAUAGACCAGCUGCACAAUACGGAAAACUGGAUAGCAGCGGUGAAGGCAGCGGAUCAAGUCCACAACGUUUUGCUGAGCCCCGAAAACGUGACCAGGAUCGAACCUGUAGCCGACACCUUUGUCCAGCACAUGUUCGCACUAAGCGAUGCGGUGCCGGCAGCCCGUGCGCCCGCAGAAGGAGCCAUCUGCGCGCUAGUCCGCUCCACCAGCGCUGACUGUGUCCGACACUUACUGCCGCUGCUCAUAGCCAGGAUCGCCAGAGAACCCUCACCAGCAGCCAUACCACACGCCCUGCUGCAGAGGAUGGCCCUGCACCAUGUGGUCGAGCUGAUCUUCGAGGAGGAUUUACUUGGAGUAAGUGAUAAAGAGCAAAGGAGGAAUGCUCAGCUGCAGGCAGCGUUGUGCCUGGCGCGGGCGGCCGGGCCGGCGGCCGUGCUCGCUGCCGUCCGCAGACGACUGUCCGGCUCGCCUGAGGCUGACACCUUCUGUAACAAGUUACGAGAACGACUGAACAGACCGGUGGAAAAUAUAAGACCGAGUCAUGUUGCCAGAGCAUCUCAACUGCCAGUGUCAGUACGUCGCCGGGCGCGGUCCACUCCGCCAAACGCACCUAUUCCUCUGCCGCGACGAUUGAGGCCUCUACCGGACUCUGCGCCUCUACCAGGUACUACGCCACCUGGGAGGAACUUUGUACCGAGGCCGCUUUCGCCAAUACCGUUGAAUGGAAGGGAAUCGAGUCUGAGCGAGAAGGAGGCCGCGCCUAAGCAUGUCAUCGAAGCCGAGGACGUCAACUACGACGUCGAACCCGAGACGAAGCUCCCGGACGAGCCCGUCCCGCCGCGGACGCCGUCCAUCCACAUCGAGGACGUCUCCGAGAAAUUCAAUCCAUCGAUACACAGCUCGCAAACGAUAGAGGGAUCUACGAGGAGUGCUGCAUCCUCUGAAAACUUGUCAAAUCAUAGGCCGGAUACGCCGGACGCUCCUGUCGAAGUUGAAUCUCAAACUAAAAGUGAAAAAGCGUCCCCCGCGGUUUCGGUUUCUAGUAAAGAUACGAAAUCACUGGUCUCGCAGGACACCGUUCAACUGGAAUCGGAGCCGGAGACGCCCGAGCGCGUGUGCGUGAGGGACGUUCGCACCGCUAUCUCGGAGUGCAUAGCGCCGGCGAAGCACGAAGACUGGGAGACGACCCUGGGCGGGCUGCUGGAGCUGGAGCGCUUGGCCAGCGACGGCGGGGCGCACGCGCCGGCGGCGAGCUGGCGGGCCGCGGCGCGCUCCACCACGCUCCACGUCCGCUCGCUGCGGUCCCGGGUGGCGCGCGCGGCCUGCUCCACCCUGGGCACGCUGUUCGAGCGUCGGGGCAAAGUCCUGGAUCCGGAGCUGGAGGAGGCGGCGCAGGCCCUGCUGGACCGGUGCGCCGACGUCAACAGGUUCCUGCGGGCGGACGCGACGGCGGCGCUGGGGCGCGUGGCGUGCGGGGGCGGGUACGUGCGGGCGGGGGUGGCGCUGGCCCGGCGGGGGGCGAGCCACCGCGCGGGCCCGGUGCGCGCCGCCGCCGCCCAGGCGCUCGCCCGCCUUGUGAAGCAGCAAGGCGCGGCUCGAGUGCUGGAGCUGCCCGGCGAGCCCCGCGUGCUGGUGCUGCGCGCGGUGGGCGAGCUGCUGGCCGACGCCAACGCGGACACGCGCCUGCACGCUCGUCACCUGUGCCUCGCGCUCGCCGAGGACCACCGCUUCGAACCCCUCCUAAAGGAGGCGAUGGCGCCGAGUCGAUAUCGAGCCAUUGAAAAGUUUGUUGAUAAGUUGCGUUGUCGGUAGUAACAGGUAACUUUGUUACUCACCCUCCAGA